AUUCAUAUUGCUAACGUUGUGUAAUUUGUGUUUACGACUGCCAAAUUAGACAUUUGAAGUUACUCAAACAUGGCGGAGAUGGAUGAGCAGAUGGUGGUGGAUGGAGUCAGUGGAUGCUCCUGUGAGUGGGAAGGUCGAUGGAACCACGUCAAAAAGUUUCUGGAAAGAUCAGGGCCAUUCACACAUCCUGACUUUGAGCCCAGCAUAGAGUCCUUGCAGUUUUUGUUAGAAACCUGUAAAAUUCUGGUCAUUGGUGCUGGUGGACUGGGAUGCGAGCUGCUUAAAGACCUGGCUUUAUCAGGCUUUCGAAACAUUGAUGUAAUUGACAUGGACACUAUUGAUGUUUCCAACCUGAAUCGUCAGUUCCUCUUCAGGCCAAAAGAUGUGGGCCAACCAAAGGCAGAAGUUGCAGCAGAUUUUAUCAACAGUCGCAUACUGGGAUGCCAUGUUGUCCCACAUUUUAAGAAAAUUCAGGACUUAGAUGAAUCCUUCUACAGACAAUUCCAUAUAAUUGUCUGUGGACUUGACUCUAUAGUUGCUAGAAGGUGGAUAAAUGGUAUGCUGCUGUCUUUGCUGGUGUAUAAAGAUGGUGUGGUAGAUCAAGGAUCCAUCAUUCCACUAAUUGAUGGUGGGACAGAAGGCUUUAAAGGUAAUGCCAGAGUAAUUUUCCCUGGCAUGUCAGCCUGCAUUGACUGCACCCUUGAGCUUUACCCUCCCCAGAUCAACUUCCCCAUGUGCACAAUAGCAUCAAUGCCCCGUUUGCCAGAGCAUUGCAUCGAGUAUGUACGAAUACUGCAGUGGCCCAGAGAAACUCCAUUUGGAGAUGGUGUAGCCUUGGAUGGAGAUGACCCAGAGCACAUCCAAUGGGUGUACCAGAGAUCUCUGGAGAGGGCUGCAGAGUUUAACAUAACAGGAGUCACAUACAGGCUUGCACAAGGUGUUGUAAAGAGGAUAAUCCCAGCCGUAGCAUCUACAAAUGCUGUCAUUGCUGCUGCUUGCACAACUGAGGUUUUCAAAAUAGCUACAAGUGCCUAUCUACCUCUCAAUAACUACAUGGUAUUCAAUGAUGUUGAUGGCCUGUACAGCUACACGUUUGCAGCAGAACGGAAGGAAAACUGCUCAGCCUGCAGCCAAAUACCUCUGGACCUGCACUUUUCUCCAUCUUCCAAACUCCAGGAGGUGAUGGACUACCUGACUGAGAAUGCCUCUCUGCAAAUGAAAUCACCUGCUAUAACAGCAACCGUGGAGGGAAAAAACAAAACGUUAUAUUUACAGUCAGUUGCUUCAAUUGAACAGAGGACACGGCCAAAUUUGUCCAAAACCUUGAAGGAGCUUGGGCUGACAAAUGGACAAGAAUUGGCUGUAGCUGAUGUCACCACACCCCAGACCGUGUUGUUCAAACUUUCCUUUACCUCAUAGAACAAACUAAAGCACUCCUACACUGUGCUGGAAACUAGAUAAGUUUACAGCGUGUUCAAUCAAAUAGUCAAUUAUAACCAAUUUAACUGGUUUAAAGUACUUAUUGACUAAAAUUGAUGUUUUUGCACUGAAAAGCCAAAUUGUAGUUCAUAUCUAGCCAUGUUUUGUGAUUGUCUGCAAAUGUUAAGCAUUAUUAUGUUGUGUGCAGCACAAUUUACUGCACAUUAUGUGCAAGGAACCAGACAUACAUUUGUCUUUAAAUGUUAUUCUAUACUCGUUCUGAUUUAGUGUAUUUAUUUAUUUCAAUAAGUUUUCUUUUUUGUUGUUGUUUUAGCCACAAAUGCUGUUAACUAUGUUGAGAAUGUGUGAACUGGAAUAAAAUGGUUUCUUUUUGUA